AUCAAAUACUCAUAGAUUCUGAACUUGAACCCAAUUUUCGAUCGUUCCUUCAAUACUACUAAGCCAACGUAAUGUUGGUUCUUCUGAUUCGUCGAGGGGUACAUUUGGCCUUGUGGGUGUCCUUACUAUUUGCUUUAAGUUUCUGUUAUGGUGACCAUGAGACAGUUGAGGUUAUGGGAUUUGUAGAAUGUAGUGACUGUGAUCAAAAGAACAUUAAGACUAGCCAAGCUUCUUCAGGGCUUCAUGUCACCAUUGGUUGCAAGUCUACAAAUGGAGGACUCAAGAAACGGGGGGCUGGUGAUGUCGAUAAGAAUGGGAAGUACAAAGUAUCUCUUCCUGGAGCGAUCAUACAAGCUGGAGAAUUGAAAGAGGAAUGCUUUGCACAGCUUCACAGUGCCUCGGGUGCACCAUGUCCUGUCCUCAAUUACCAAAGGGCCUCAAAGUUAAUCAUCAAGUCUAUAGACAAAGGAAAAUUAACACUAGGCCUAGAUGGAAAACUGAAAUUCUCUCCAGCCACAUGCACUUCAUUGUUCUUGUGGCCUUUUUUCAAGUACCCGCCAUUGCCUAAGCUGCCACCUUUACCAGGAAUACCAAUUGAAUAUCCUAAGUAUCCGCGACCACCACCAGAGGUUCCUCCACCCGCCCCAGUUUAUGCGAUAUCACCUCCACAACCAGCACCAGUAUACAAGGAGCCACUUCCACCACCAACCCCAACAUAUAAGAACUUAACACCACCUCGUACUAAUAAGCUGCCACCACCUCCACUGGCACCACAACAUAAAAAGACAGUUCCAUCACCACCAAUUACUAAUCAGAAACCUCCUUCACCAACACCAAUAUAUAACAGCCCCCUUUCACCACAUGUUCCAGUACACAAGAAGCCAUUUUCACCUGGAACACCAACUUAUGGACCAAGUCCGCCAGUCAAAAAGUUAUCACCGCCUCUGCCUCUAGCCCCAAAUGCUCCUCCCAUUUAUAGAAAAACAUAUCCUCCCAUUCCUAGAGCUCCUCCUAUUCCUAAACUUCCUCCCACUCCUGGAGUUCCUCGAAAGUAUUUCAACCAACCCAAAGUUGGACGCAAACCUCCCUCCCCUCACCCUUCUUUUCAUGCUUAAGAAACAACUGCAUUCGUCAUAAGUCUACUUAAAGAUGCUUUUUUUCGUUGUAGUGAAUAAACAAACGGAUUUCAUCUUUUACAUUGAAAUGUGGUGUUUCUUGUUUUCUUUUGAUCUGUGGAAAACAGUCAGGUGUUGAAGCUAGAAAAAAAAAAUGAGCAAGAAAGUGGAUUUGGAUUGUUAUUCUAGUAUGUUGGUUCUCUUGUUAGAGUAUUUAUAUUAUGACUAGUUUAGGCAUUUUACAUUGUUUUGUU